UAUGAAGUGAAGCAUUUCUAAGAAAUUUUCCCCAAAAAUGGAGCUUCAGAAAGGUUUCCCUCUGCUGAUGCAGCAAUACGAGGCGUUGUUCCUGAAGAAUGUGCUGCUCGCAUGGCGGAACAAGCGAUCCACACUCCUCCAGCUCUUUUCCUCGCUCUUCUUCCUUUUCCUGAUUUUCGGAAUCCAGAAAGCGGUGGAGGCGCGGUUCAGUUCGUCGACUGCGUAUCAAGAUGAGAGGAAUCCGCCUCUUCUGGUGGCGCCGCCGAUUCCGCCGUGUGAGGAUAAGUUCUACAUCAAAUUGCCGUGCUUCGAUUUUGUUUGGAGCGGAAAUAGUCCGAGAAUUCGGGAGAUUGUGCGUAGAAUUAGGGAGAAUAAUCCUGGAAGGCCUAUUCCCGAGGGGAAGGUUAGAGAAUUCCGGACCCCGAAUGAAACUGAUGAUUGGAUGCUCAGUGACCCUAUGAAGUGCCCCGGUGCUCUCCAUUUCAUUGACCGAAAUGCCACUGUAAUUAGCUAUGGAUUGCAGACUAAUUCUACACCACUUAUCAGACGAGGGCUGUUUGAACGUCCAACUAAGUUUCAAAUUCCUCUUCAACUUGCUGUGGAGCGUGAAAUUGCAAGAACUUUAGUUGGAGAUACCGGGUUCAGGUGGGCAGUCAAUCUAAAGGAAUUCGCCCACCCUUCAAUUAAAGUUUUCUCUGCUGUUCAGACUGCCGGACCGACUUUUUUCCUCGCUAUUGCCAUGUUUUCUUUUGUCUUCCAAAUCAGCUCUUUGGUAACAGAGAAAGAACUAAAACUUCGACAGGCGAUGACAAUGAUGGGUCUUUAUGAUACAGCAUUUUGGUUAUCAUGGUUCUCUUGGGAGGGAAUACUCGGGCUUCUAUCUUCACUCUUCAUUGUUCUUUUUGGGAUGAUGUUUCGAUUUAAGUUCUUUUUGCACAACAGUUUCGCAGUUGUUUUCCUCUUGUUUUUCUUAUUUCAACUGAGCAUGACGGGAUUUGCCUUCAUGCUGUCUGCCUUCAUAAGCAAAUCUUCCUCAUCAACUACUGUGGGCUUCUUUGUCUUCAUUAUUGGUUUUACAACUCAGGUUGUUACGGUAUUCGGGUUUCCUUACAGCAAUAUGUUUUCUAAUACAUACCGAAUUGUGUGGUCAUUCUUUCCACCUGACCUCCUCGCUGCGGGCUUGAAGUUGCUUUCGGAUGCAACUGAAACUCCUCGAGAUCCUGGCGUCAGCUGGAGUGGUAGGACAAAAUGUGCACCAAAGGAUACAGAAUGUGUUAUAACCAUGAAUGAUAUUUACUUAUGGCUUGUCGGCACCUCCUGUUUGUGGUUUGUCUUGGCUAUCUACUUCGACAACAUUUUUCCAAACUCAUCCGGGGUUAGGAAGCCGUUGUUCUACUUUUUGAGUCCUCGAUACUGGACUGGUAAAGGAGGGAAUAAAUCUGAAGAAGGGAGCAUUUGCAGUUGCACAAGUUCAAUCCCGGCUUCUGAAGAUGUUGGCCAGGACGAUGAGGAUGUACAAGAUGAGGAAACCAUAGUGAAACAACAAGAUAGGGAGGGUGUUGUUGAUUCACUUGUUGCAGUUCAAUUACGUGGCCUCGAAAAGAUUUAUGCCGGAUCAACAAAGAUGGGUUGCUGCAAAUGUAAGAGAACUUCACCGUACCAUGCUCUCAAGGGAAUUUGGCUCAACUUUCCAAAGGAUCAGUUAUUUUGCCUUCUCGGACCGAAUGGAGCUGGGAAAACUACUAUCAUCAACUGUCUCACCGGGGUUACACCGGUGACUGGCGGAGAUGCUUUAAUUUACGGAAACUCCAUCCGGAAUUCCACUGGGAUGUUGAACAUUCGAAGGAUGAUAGGAGUUUGUCCUCAGUUUGAUGUACUGUGGGACGCGUUGUCUGGUCAAGAACACCUCCACCUCUUUGCCUGCAUCAAAGGCUUAACCCGUGCUUCGGUUACAUCAGUUGUGCAUAAUUUAUUAACUGAGGUGAAACUUACUGAGGCUGCCAAAGUGAGAGCCGGAACCUAUAGCGGGGGAAUGAGACGGCGCCUUAGUGUCGCCAUUGCUCUCAUCGGCGAACCAAAAUUAGUCAUUCUCGACGAGCCGACGACCGGUAUGGAUCCAAUAACUCGGAGGCACGUCUGGGACGUGAUCGAGGGGGCUAAAAGGGGGCGCGCAAUCAUCCUAACGACGCAUUCUAUGGAAGAGGCCGACAUCUUAGGCGACAGAAUCGCAAUCAUGGCUAAAGGCAGGCUUCGCUGCCUCGGAACAUCAAUAAGGCUGAAGUCGCGCUUCGGGACUGGUUUUAUCGCCAAUGUUAGCUUUUCUGAGGAUGUUCUCGGCACUCCCAGCCGAGGAGAAACAUUCAACACGAAUCAACACAUUGCGGUGAAAGAGUUCUUCAAAUCCCGCUUAAAUGUUUCGCCUAAAGAAGAGAGCAAAUCGUUCCUCACCUUCGUCAUCCCCCACGAGAAGGAGAAGCUAUUGCAGAAAUUUUUUGCCGAGCUUCAGGAGCGUCAGAAAAAGUUCGGGAUAGCUGACAUCCAGCUCGGACUAGCGACCCUCGAAGAAGUUUUCCUAAACAUUGCGAAAAAGGCCGAGUUGGAAAAUGCUGCAAGUGAGGAGUCCUUCGCUACUCUCACUCUCAACACGGGCGUGUCUUAUCAAGUACCAAUAGGCGCGCGGUUCAUUGGGCUACCGGGAACCGAAUCGACGGACAAUCCCGGGGGCACAAUGGUCGAAGUGUAUUGGCAACAAGAUGAUUCCGGAGCGCUCUGCGUCUCCGGCAACUCGAAUAUUGCUCCGGUGCCACCUCAUGUACAGCUCGGGACGCCGUCGUCGUCGUCGUCUCGUCAAAACAUUUUGGGUCGAAAUAGGCAUGUCCGAGGAGUGGUCAUUGAUCCUUCCCAAAUCGAUGAAUCGAUCUUCCAUUGAUCUCUAAAGUAAGAUGUUCUUUGGAUUAAUUUCCUUAGUUCCACACUACUUACGUUUUUCAAUUUAAUGUGCAUAAAGUUAUAGAUGUUUCUUUUGUCCUUAUGUUUUGGAAGAAGUGUACAUGAACAUAUAUAUACACACAUACCCUACCACUUAUUUUUAAUGUUAGAUGCCCAAAUUUCUUGCU